AUGGCCUUCGAAAUUAGGAAAAGGGAUUCUGAGAAGGUUUCUCAGAAGCAUAUUGCACAUAGGAAGUCCAUAGAUACAUUUAGGCAAAGGACUUCGCAGUAUAGAGGCGUCAAAAGGCACAGAUGGACAGGUAAAUAUGAAGGCCAUAUGUGGGACAACAAUUGCAGGAAAGAAGGUCCAAGGAGAAAAGAAGGGCAAGAGGAGGUUCAAUGCACUUGCCAUAGAAGGUUGAAGGAGAUACGAUGCUACAGAGGUGUUAGACAUACUCAAGGAUUGCCAUGCAGAGGACAGAGGACUAACAACAAUUGUAGGAACUUGAAGGGAAAGAGGGUUGCAAUUCCCGGAAAGAAUAAGUGUUAG